GGCUGUUUGGUAUUGCUUGUGUAGCUAUGUCCGGUCGCGGAAAAGGCGGUAAAGGGCUGGGCAAAGGCGGUGCUAAGAGACAUCGUAAAGUCCUGCGGGAUAACAUCCAGGGUAUUACCAAGCCUGCGAUCCGCCGUCUGGCUCGCCGCGGCGGGGUAAAGCGCAUCUCGGGGCUGAUCUAUGAAGAGACCCGCGGGGUGCUGAAGGUUUUCCUGGAGAACGUGAUCCGCGAUGCGGUGACCUACACCGAGCACGCCAAGCGCAAAACCGUGACCGCCAUGGAUGUGGUCUACGCCCUGAAACGCCAGGGGCGCACCCUGUACGGCUUCGGGGGCUGAUUCAGUUUUUUAAAGCGAGAAACCAUGUUUAUUCAAUUCAAAGGCUCUUUUAAGGGCCACC